AUCCUGAGGACAGCAAGAUGUCAGAGCACUUGCGAAAAACGGAAGUGUAUUCUUAUUUUAGGGGUUGCUUUAAGUUGUUUUUAUGUUGACCAUGCUGAAUACGUGGUACCCAAGUAAGAGUCAAAUAAAGAAAACACAAGGAUUCCGAGACAAGGGCCAAAAAAGGACUUAUUAUCAGAUCACGGGGGUCGGGGCCUGUACCCGAGGGAGCCGUAUUUCCUCCGCCUCGGGCUCGUCAGAGUCGUGAAAGAAGAAAAAGGAUUCUGCUAGUCUGUGAGCAGGAUGUUAUGGAACAGACUGUGUGUAUUGUCCCGAGGAGCUGUGUGAAUGGGCACAGUGUGACACCGAAGGACUUAAUCUCCCCUCUACACUUUCAGGAACCUCUUCCCACUGUAUUCAGUAUGCUGCACCCUCUGGAUGAGAGUGGUGUGCAGACCUACAGGUCUGUUCGAGGCUGCCUGUGUGCAAUACAUCUCUGACAGCACCAUGAAAAUCGUCUUCUUCAACUGCAAGCCCUCCAUAGUUAUAUGACACCGUGCAGGGCAUACACUCAGUCACUCCAGAUCUUUCUGACUACACAACUGAAGAACGUCUCCAGGAUGGAUUCACUCGGCUCACUCUUCCAUUGCCACGCCCUGCAUAACCAAAACAGGAUGACCUCAUCACCAGGCCUCCACUCGUGUACUUACUCACCCAACAUCUCCAGCAUGGCUGCACUCAGGUGGCAGUGCUCUCUCCUGUAUCAGAGCUGAGGGGCUCUACCAAGCACCACGGGCCCUCCUGUCUGGGUGACUACAUCUUCCAAGUCUGUACCCUACAUCCACGCCCUCGGAGACCCCUUCAGCAGCAGUGUCACCCUGCGCCAUUUUGAAGUGCCCCUCUCCAGUGGUUGCACCAAAGAAGGCCCGGACGUCCGACACGGGGUCGAAGGAGAUAGCCCUGUAUGUGCUGAAGAUGGACGAGGAGCGGAGGGGCGAUCACUGCUGGGCCUCCUGCAACAGCUGGCCAGGAGUAUAGCCUACCUGGCUGGUAUGAAAAUGAACCACCGGAGAAGCUUCUCCAUUCGCUAUUUAACCCAGAUGCUGCAUCCGUGCUUCCUGAGAGCGGAGCCUCCGUGUGUUCAGCUGGCUCAGCAGCUGUCUGAAGGGUGAGGAGGUAGCACCUACCUGCCCGGCAUCUGUGAGAGGACCAAACUACUGGUGCUGGUUGCUACGCCCUGUACAUGAUUGGAAAUGGCAAUGCCACUUCAGUUGAUGUUUCGAAGUAUCUAGCCAAGCUCUCCAGGCCAGAAGAAAACUAAUUGCAGCAGCUUUGAGGAGACAUAGCAGUAUGAAGCCUGACGCUCCAAAUGAAAGUUUGGCUGAAAAGCUUGUUGUUUGGGUAACAUCAGCAGGUUUCACAUUGAAAGACCUGGAAUCCAUGCUCUUUGGUGUGGCUCUGCCCAUCAGAUGCCAUCUACCAGUGUCGAGAGCAACCCUGCUCUGACUGGUCAGAGGUUGUCUGCCUGUUGAUUGGUCGAAAGGACCUCAUCAAGAAAGCACACAGAGUUACCGUGGCCAAAGGCAAAGCUUGUGUGUGUGUGGUCCGGGGCUGAUGCUGGAGGCUCCAGCCACCACAGAGGCAGAGGAUAAGGAGGUUGAUAUGAGUGAUCUGAACCAGGACGUGAUUGGUCUCAUCUGGGGCCAGGAGCUUCAUAUCCAGGAGGCCAGACAUCUCCUCCAGAGCUCCCGACCAGUCAGGCUCAGCGAGGUCCACCUGGCCGAGACUGCUGCAGCUGUGCCAGCGUUCCAUGGCUCUGCCAGUGGGCAGAGGCCUGUUGACUCUCUUCUCCUACCACCCUGUGUCAACAGAGCCCCUACCUGUGCCUAAACUCAACCUUACUGGUACUGCAUCCCUCAGGCCUUUCUCAUACCUGUAUCUGAACAGCGGGAACAUUGACCUUCCUCCCAACAUGACUAGCUGGUCCAGCUUUCACAACGGGUUGGCUGCAGGCCUGAAGAUCGCCCCGGCCUCCCAGGUGGACUCUGCCUGCAUUGCCUACAACAUGCCCAAGAGCCCUGAUCAGGCUAACGAGUACACAGGCUUCAUGUCUCUGGGCCUCAACGGACACCUCAGCAAGCUGGCCACACUCAACAUACAUGACUUCUUCACCGAGAGCAUCCACAUUCCCGCACUGCUCCCACUCACCUCCACUGAGCUAGACGUACCGCACAACGUGCAGGUGGCGGCUGUGCUGUGCAUCGGCCUGGUCUUCCAGGACACGGGCCACCGCCACAACGCAGAGGUGUGGACUCCCCCUGGUCCUGAGAUGGAGUACUGCACAGACAGAGAGCCCUACUCCUUGGGCUGGCCCUGGGUAUGGUCUGGCUGGAGCAACUGCUUUCUUGCGGAGGACUACAGGGUCAAAGUGGAUACUCUUAGCAAGCAGGUAGCAAACCUACACAAGCUGCUGGGGAAUCCACGCGCCGGUCUGGUGGAAGUGUCGCCGCCGUGUCGGCUCUCCACAGCCGACUGGCCGGUGCUCAGCAGGGAUCCAUCCCCAAAGGGGCCUCCCCCAUCCCUGGAGAACGGAGCUGUUCUCAACCCAACAAACCAGCCAUGGAGCGACGUCACUCGCCGUGGAAGUCGAAGAAAGCAUCCUCUGGCAACAGGGGUUUCCAUGGAGAUAUUAAGCCUGGACCUGACACAGACCAGAAAUGACUUUGCCGCCCUGGAUCCAGAGGUUCCGGCGCCUUCUUCCUUAGGGGCUUCCCAUUCAAGAUCGGAUCUGGAGCAGAAUACUAUGACCAGAGACUUAAGAAUGUCCCAAGUGUGGGGGUUUCUGGUCAUCAACGUGGACGUCACCUGUCCUGGAGCGACCCUGGCUAUGAUCUACCUGAAGACCAACACCAGGUCUAUCGCGGGUAGGCUGAAAGCUCCAGACACCAUGUUCCUCCUGGACUGCACUCUGGGUCAGUACAGACCUGUCUUUUUCACUGAGCCAGACCCCCGGAGCUCUCCGUCAGUGGUUCCCAACCUAGAAGCUUGGCACUGUCUCCUCUCCCUCCUCAGACACUGGUCAGGUGUAUCAUCAUUUGGGAUGAGAUUCUGCCCAACUCGAAAGCAGCAAUGUGCCUCCGCUCUCUCAGCAUGGCUGGAUAUAAGAGACAGAGAUGGUGUGUUUAGUCACAUGAUGAUGUGUGGGACGACUCCUGUCCUCAGGCAAGCCCAUGACCACAUAAUUGCUGGAACCUGUAUGACUGUGGGAUUCCACUUCGCUGGCUCGGCCAACUCUGACGCAUUCGACUGCUUGUAAAAUUUCGCAAGGAACUUCAUGCAGUGUUUGACAUCAGCAACAGUUACGGGCCACUAUAACUUAGAGAUGUGUCUGAGCAUGUUGUUGUCCAUGGUGAUGGCUGGCUCUGGUAACCUGAAGGUGCUGGAGCUCUGCCACGUCCUCCACAAGAGGACCAGAACUAUGACCCACCACAUGGCCCUGGGCAUGCUCGUCCUGGGAGGAGGGAGGUACACUCCAACUCGGCCAUCGCUACCUUGCUCUGUGCGCUCUACCACCAUUUUCCUGCCCACAGCACAGAUAACCGAGCAUAGGGGACUCUGUUAUGAGGAGAUUACAGCGGAACUGAUGGCCCCCACCAUGUUGCCUGAGCUGCAGCUCCUCAAUAAGAUUCAAGUAAAAGGACCAUUGAUACUGGAAGCUGUCCAUAGACCUGAAGUAAAGGAACUCCACAUCUUCAAGAUGGGGUUCUGUAUCUGAAGCUGCGUGCCCUAUAAGGUCGACCUUCUGGACUGGAAGAAUCUAUUAUCCCCCAACGUCGUCAACAGGAACUCAGAAGUCCGCACAUUCAAGGAAGUACAUCGUUCCCUGAGCUCCUGUUGAAGUUGUCAGCUAUGCAUCCCUGUACAAGCCUUGCUGCGCCUGGGCCCUCUCCUCCUGGGGACUGCAAGCUUUAGGACUGGACAACAGGCCUGUUGAAAUUACCUGACCUUUGACCGCUAACCUUGGUCUCUUACUUUACCUUGGUCUUGACCCAGAAGGGUCACUCUGCCUGCACUGCUUGUUGCAGCUCACAAGAAAUGGACCUGAUAUUAUAUUAAAUAUCAUUGUAAAAGCUUUCUUGAUACAGAUUGUAUGUCAAAUGUUUGUACACUACCUGUAUUCCAUAUAAAAUAAUGCAGUAAAUAAAAAGUGAUUUGAGA